AUGGCUCCAAGUGCCCACCCACUCUGCAAGGAUAUCAAGCAUCCUCUUGACCCCGUCACUGCCGAUGAAGUACGUACAGUGAAACAAGUACUCGCGGACGCCGGGUACUCAAGUCCUGAGAUGCGUUACGCGUACGUGAUGCUGUUCGAGCCCGAUCACGCCACGCUGGACAAGUUCUUUGAAGCUGGUCAGCUGACGGAGAUCCCUCGUGAGAUCGGAGUGUUGGUGCUCGACCAGACUACGAACGUCACGCGAGAUUUCGUGGUGGACGUCGUGGCCCGCCGCAUUGUCAAGGAGGUAGAGUUGGAUCCCAAAACCGACGGCCAGAUCCCGAUCUUGGAUCAGGACUAUUGGGACGGCGACUCCAUUUGCAAAGCUGACCCGGACUACAUUGCUGCGCUGGCCAAGCGGGGCAUCACCGACCUCGAUAUGGUCCGUGGUGAACAGUUCUCGGCCGGUGUCUUCGGCUACGAAGGCGAAGAGGGCAACCGUAUGAUCCGUGUUUUGAGCUUUCUUAAAGUUGAGAUCACACAUGCCAUGUACGGCCAUCCGAUCGACGGCCUCGUAGCGCACGCUGAUCUGACGAACCGUAAAGUGCUAAAGCUAGUUGAUACGGGCUACACUCACAUCCCGAUGGAGUCGGGCGACUACCUGGACCCCAAGAUUACGGGUCCCAUGCGUACAGACAUGAAGCCACUGCACAUCAAACAACCCCAAGGACUCACCUUACAUGACAUUUCGUUCAACGACCGUGGUCGCAAGCGUAAGAUUCUGAACCGCGCAUCGGUGUCUGAGAUGGUAGUGCCCUACGGUGAGCCUUCACCCACUCACGACUGGCAGAACUACUUCGAUGCUGGCGAGUAUCAAUUCGGACAUCCAGUACUUGGACGUGACGGUCGUGGAUAA